CAGUGUGAAAAACAACUACAGCAGUAUUUUCAAGUGAUACCCUACAACGCUGUGAUGUCGCCGGCUGUUCUGGCUCUCUGCCUGCUGAUUUGCGUUCAUUCUGGCAUAAAUGGAUAUCCUGUCAAGCCUGCUGGCCCCCGGGAAGGAGCACCACCUGAAGAGCUUGCCAAGUAUUAUUCUGCACUAAGACACUACAUCAAUCUAAUUACAAGACAGAGGUAUGGAAAGAGAGACACUCCAGACACUGUAUUUUCAGAUGUGCUGGUAAGGGAGAGCACAGAGAGUGUCCCAAGGUCCAACUAUGUCAGGCUUGAGGGACUACCUGUGUGGUGAUGCUGCUGGAGUUGUCACAUCCAGAUAAUUUGUAAAGCUGUUCCUCUC